UACGUUUCUGUAGGCGAUAUGAGUGGCAGCUGUGCGGCCGAGCCUCACCUGGACAUGGACAUCAGCCUAAAAGCUUCUAUACAAACACGGGAAACCGCCCUAAAGGACAUGAUGACUCCCGAGGAACCAGCAAUCCGGCGAUCAUCUCGGACUGGGAGAGGCUUAACACCCAAACGCCUCCAGUACUCCCCGGACACAACGGAAAACAAGCCCACAAAGAAAAGGAAAACAAAGGCCCAGGUAGAAAAAGAGAGCCUGAUUGAGGGACCCAAGGAUGAGAAGGAUGCUGGAAACGGUCAUGUGGAACGUGAAAGUGGAGGACUGUCUGCCUAUGAGCUGGAGCGACUGGAGAACAUCAGGCAGAACCAGGCUUUCCUGUCAUCCAUCAACUUAUUAGAGGCAACCGAGGAGUUGCAGCAGAUGGUACGACGAAAACCAUCACAGAAGGGUCUGAGGCCACAGGCUGUUAAGAGGGAGGUGCUGCCACCUCGCAAAUCCCUGCGCCUCCAAAAUAUAGAGGCAGAGAUGUUGAAGCUUCCACCUGAACCCACGGCGACACUGGUCUUUGAACGGUCUUCUUCAGUCAAGAAGCCCGCUGGGCCUCUUCCCAUGGCUCCAGUCAACAUGGAAGAGGGUUCCAAGCUACCAUCUCAACUUUUUGAUCUCUGUUCUGAAGAGACCCAGGAAACAAAGAUGUCACUUGACUUGAAAGAGUACCGCUCUGCAGUAAAGAGCAUGAGGAUAAGGGAGGAUGCAGUGGUCAAAGUGGUGAAGGACCGCAUCUUCUCUGCAGCCUUCCACCCGUGCAGCAGCAGUCUGUUGAUGGCUGCAGGAGACAAGUGGGGAAGAUUGGGCCUCCUGAAAGUGGGUUCUGAUUGGGGCGAUGAUGGAGUUCUGCUCUUUGAGCCUCACACUCGUCCAGUUGCCUGUAUGGCGUUCUCCAGGGCUGAUCCGACCCAGCUGCUUAGCCUCAGUUAUGAUGGAUCUAUGCGCUGCAUGGAUAUAGAGAAGGCCGUCUUUGAUGAUGUGUAUGAUAGUGAGGAUGGUCUGAGAACUUUUGGAUUCAUGUCACAUGACUGCUCAACGCUGGUGGUGGGGAACUGGUAUGGAGAGGUUGCCAUCGUUGAUAGGCGCACUCCAGGGAACUCUCACGAGUCUCUUCACUCACUGGACUCAAAAACGGUGCGCUGCGUCAGCGUCCACCCUCUCCAGAUGCAGUACUUUGCAGUGGCAGAAGACAGGGAAGUGAAUAUUUAUGACAGCCGGUGCCUGAAGAAGACCAAAAGCCAGGCAGUCUUUCAACUCCAUGGCCACUCUUUAAGCAUAAACAGUGCUUAUUUCUCCCCUUGUACUGGAAACAGAGUGCUCACCUCAUGUAUGGAUAACCACAUCAGAGUAUUUGACACAUCUUCAAUGACUUCUAAAUCGUCCCUGCUGACAUCCAUCAGACACGAUAUGAGAACGGGCCGCUGGUUGUCUAAGCUCUCAGCAGUGUGGGACCCCAAACAGGAAGACUGCUUUGUGGUGGGGAGUAUGAUGAGGCCUCGGCAAGUGCAGGUGUUUCAAGAAAGCGGUCAACGCGUGCACUCGUUUAUAGACGACGACAACCUUACCACGGUGCUUUCUGUCACUGCUUUUCACCCCACAAGAAACGCCCUGCUAGGUGGUAAUUCAUCAGGCCGUCUGCAUGUCUUCUCUAGUUAACGCGAGGGCCAGAAAGGAUGUGACCAACACGGAUUCAGCAGGGUUACAGAAAUCAGUAGAUGGUUAGUUGAAAGGCUGUCUAACUGUAAAUGUUUAGUUGGAAUUCUCAUUGAACAAAAUAUCCUGCUUGUCUUCCCUUUUGUAUUUCUACACCUUUUUUAUUACUAUCACAUUGUAGCAUGUCACACAUGUCCUGAAAUAUCAUUUUCAGAGAUGCUGCUCUUGGAUAUAUUUAAAACUUUUGUAUCUCAUGGGGGAUGAUGACACUGUCGGUAUUUUAUUUUAUAAGCUGUCUUUUCUGUUUUCAAUGUUACUUCUGAAGUAAAUAUAUUUUUGUGUAUUAAAUAUGAGCGUAAUUAAUGUUCUCAGUGGUAAUAUCUUUGUCGCCAGAUGAGGGUAAAAGA